AGUAUUUUAAUUUUUUAGUUCUCGUAACAGUCACGCGCGGAUACAGAUUGAGCACGCGGGAUUUAGUCCGGGCGACAGCAUCAGAAAUCUCAGUGACUCUCUCCGAGUUUUGACGUCCCCGUUUCCUCAGUCGUAGCUUCUUUAGCCGCUGUCUUGUUAAGCUAGCUGCAUUCUAAUUGGAGGUUUACCUCAGUAAAGCCAAAUGACUCAGCUGGAGCCAUAUGAACCAAGAAAGCUGCAAAAAUGAUGUGGAAUUCAACCAUCGCCUUUGACAAGUGACUUUUUAUUUGAGCAAGAUGUAAAAAAAAAAAAAACAUAUAUAUAUUUAUAUCUAUUGGACCAUUUGCAUAAACGGGAUGCUGCGGUAAAUGGAUAUUACAAAGUGAUGGAAGACAGCCCUACGGAUGAGUGGCCCCCCACAGCUGUAGAACAAGGGCAAGUCCACGUCUGGCGCUCAGCGGGAUCUACGGAAAAGCUUUCUCCAGAGAGAGCACUGCUGUCCACCUCUGUUGUUCAGGUGUCCCUGGGAGAUCACCACGGCCUCCUGUUAGCACAAGGUGGUCGGGUGUUUUCCUUCGGAGAGCUUCCAUGGCGAGCCCUGAGCGUCCCGUUGUCUGCCCCUGUCCUGGAGGCUUCUCUGCUGGGGAAGGCCGUGACCUUUGUAGCUGCCGGGGGCUUCCACUGUGGCGCUCUGAGUGAGCAAGGCAGCGUCUUCAUGUGGGGGGAGAAUGCAUCCGGACAGUGUGGUCUGACUGAAAGAGGAACAGUCGAAAACAUCACAGUGCCUGAGCCCAGCCUGGUCAGCGUGGUGGACACGGAGGUCAUUCCUCCCAAGGUGGUUCAGGUCAUACAGCUGGCCUGCGGGCGGGAGCACAGCCUGGCCCUGUCAGCCCAGAACGAGCUGUGGGCCUGGGGCAGCGGCUGCCAGCUGGGUUUGGUCACCAGCACCUUCCCUGUGAAGAAACCCCAGAAGGUUGAGCAUUUAGCUGGGAGACAUGUGAUUCAGGUGGCUUGUGGAGCAUACCACAGCCUGGCCCUUGUUCGCACUUUACCUCCUCAGGUCUAUAAAACCCAGAAUUCUCCAAAAAUGAGGGAGCGAGGUCCGUCGCCUCACCGUCCUAUGAGCGACAGAGAGGAGCUGCUUUCCAGUGAUGACGCUCACUACUGUCCGCUUGGGGUGGAGCUAAAGGACGAAGUGAAAACAGAGGCUUCUCCAAGAAGACAAGUCCCGAAGCCGAAGUCUCAUCCUGGGAGAAAGUCGACUGACGGCAGUCCAGGCUCCAGAACCAUCUUUUUAUCUGAAGAUGGAUUAUCUGACAAUAGACUGAGAAACGUUUCAAUUGGUUCUUGGCCUGAAUCUGAGGGAUGCGCUGAUUCUGGAUUUCAGACUGACAGCAGCCCAAGAGCCCAACAGCUCUGGAUGUCUGACAAAAACUUCCCUGUUGAAGAGUUGGAGUCACAGCACACAGCUCAAACAGGAGAAACAGACUCACUGAGCAGCCACACUUCAGAUGACAGCUAUGUUUCAUCAGUUCUUUCUUCAGAUCUGAUGACUUCCAGUUAUAAAAACGACUCAGCUGGGAAGAGAUACACUAGCAGCAGCAUUGGACUGUCUGGGCUGUACUCCUCUUCCCCAUUGUGCUUGGAAGAAAUUCAUCUUUCUCUGCAAAGUCUGAAGAGCUCCAGUCUCACAAACAUUCAUGAAAAAGGGAGUUCAGCAGCAAGCAGGAGACGCUCACUUCCUGGAACCCCCACCCAUGGUUCCCCUCAGCGUCACCGCCUGUGCGCCUGCAGGCCGCUCUCUGGAGGACGGGUUCAGGCUGCAGCAUCAGAGGCGGCUGGAGACGGGCUGCCAUCUCUGGAGACAGAGGUCUGGAGCUGGGGCCGAGGGUCUGAGGGGCAACUCGGCCAUGGGGAUCAGCUGGCCAGGCUUCAGCCUCUCUGUGUGAAGUCUUUGACGGGCCAGGAAGUGAUCAAAGUUGCUGCAGGGUCACACCAUUCGCUGGCUCUGACUGCUCACUGUCGGGUCUACUCUUGGGGAAGUAACAUAAGCGGGCAGCUCGGUCAUGUCAACAUUCCAGUCACUGUGCCACAGCAGAUCAAGCUCUCUGAUGGUCUUCACGUUUGGGAUCUGUCUGGCGGUCAGAGCCACUCCCUCCUCCUGGCUGACAGUGACUGUGUGCAGCCGGUUCUGUUGUACUGCGGCCAGCAACAGCAGCCCCUCCCAGUAAAAACUGCAAUGCUCAGGAGUCUGAGUUCGUGCCAGAGGUCACCCAACAGGGCGGAGAGUUACACAGUCAGACCCACCCAGCUUUGCCUGGACAUCGAGAUGGGUUACAUCAGCAGCGUGCGGAGUGGUGGUCAGAUGUGUGCAGUGCUGAUGAACCACAACAUCAGGGGAUUCACCUCCGCCAUCCAUGAGCUGGCCUCCAAAGAGAGACGGCUGUACUGCUGGCUGAUCAGCGUCGGGAGGCUCCUCCUCUUUCGUCUGCGUGACAGACAGAGUGUGAGUUUGCUGUUAGGAGAGCAGUGUACACAGCUGUUCUCCACACUCUGCGAGACAUUUGUUCGCCUCUCUGCUCUUGCCGGCCGUCAUUCAACGUCACUUAACUACUUCCUGCACAGCGGGCACAUCCGGGAUGUGACAUCUCUUUCCCUGCUGACCCACACAGAGUUUUUUCAGGACACUUAUAAGAAGUACUGCUCUGCAGUGGAUGACUUUCAAGUAAUGGGUGGAUUCCAGUCACUUCACAACCUUUCAGUUGAAUGUCUGGCCACUCAGCAGACCACACUCGCUCAGCUGUGCGGGUCAAACCAGUCGGUCGGUGGGGAAGUCGAUCUGGGUUCAGUCUUCUACUGGCCUCUGCAGCAGCUGCACCAAUACCACCGAACCCUGCUCAGAUUGACGGCCUGCUACGAUGUGUCGACUAUUGAGUAUCAGUCGCUCAAUCAGGGUUGUGCUCAGUAUGAGAGUCUGUCUCUAUCUCUGCUGAAACAGAAGAAGGAGGCUGAAACCACCUUCCUCUUCUGGAAAACCCACUGUGGCAAAGCUACAGAGGGCCUGCGUCUCCCGCAGCGGCGUGUGGUGUGUGAAAGCAGCAACAGAUCCCUGACUCCGCAGAACGCCGGCCGCUUCUCCAGUCACUGGUUCAUCCUGUUUAAUGACGUCCUCGUUCACGCUCAGGGUACUAUUCCCUCCAAAAGCUUUUUCUCCAUACAUCGCAUCUACCAUCUGAGUUGGCUUUGGGUGAAACCGAUCACAGAGGACGACACCGGACUCUGUGCCAUCAAAAUAACAUGUCCCGAGGAGGUUUUUACUCUUGUGGCCUCAUCACCCCAAGAAAAGAACAAGUGGCUGAGGUCUCUGAACCAGGCUGUGGAUCGGGCGCUGGGGGGUUCAGGGGAGAGGUCACCUGGCCCAGCAGCCAUGUCUCGCAUGGCGUCCUACACAUUCGCUGCAGAUGAACGCCUCAGAGAUGCUCAGUACACGGGGGGGUGGCUGGCAGGUCGCCUUCAUGGAAGUGGAACCCUGAAGUGGCCUGAUGGACGCUUGUAUAAAGGAAACUUCAAAAAUGGAUUGGAGGAUGGCUACGGUGAGUGUACAAUUCCAAACAAAGAGUCCAACAAACCAGACAGCUACCAAGGGCAAUGGAAGGAAGGCAGGAUCCAUGGUUUUGGCAAAUACAAGUAUGCCAGCGGGGAAGUGUAUGAGGGCUGCUUCUGGGAGGGCCAGCGCCACGGUUAUGGCAUGCUGAGCUCCGGUAAACUGACCAGGACAUCCUCCAGCAUGUUCAUUGGUCACUGGGUGCAUGGCAGAAAGACGGGAUACGGAGUCUUUGAUGAUAUCACCAGGGGGCAGAAGUAUAUGGGAUUGUGGCUGGAUGACCAGCGGCAUGGCAACGCUAUCGUCAUCUCCCAGCAUGGUGUGUACUUUGAAGGAACGUUUAGAGAAAACAAGAUGAGUGGUCCAGGUCUCCUGGUGUCGGAGGAUGAAACCACUUUUCAUGGGGAGUUUUCGGAUGACUGGACUGUGAGUGGGAAGGGUGUUUUGUUCCUGGCUAAUGGAGACUCUCUGGAUGGCAUGUUCAGUGGAGAGUGGAGCUCGGGGCUCAAGGUGGUAGGACUGUACACCAGACCAGCCACGAGUGAAUCUGAAAGCAAAGAGAAACAAACUCCAAAGCUAGGCCAGUAUGUGGUGCCUGCAACUCAGAGGUGGAGCUGCAUCUUUGAUGAAUGUUGGAGUCGGCUUGGUUGUGAUGCUGCCGGGAGGGGAGACAGAGCCACGGCCUGGGGGAACAUCGCCGUCACUAUAACAACAGCACGGCGACAGAGCCCAAACGUCAGCAAGUCUCAGAGUAAAUUACUGGAGAGUUUGGAGUUUAUUCCUCAGUAUGCAGAGCCGGUCACUACUGCAAACUAUGACCGCAUCAGAAGAUACCUCUGUAAGGCAUGUGAAACCCCCUACCACCCUCUGGGCUGGCUAGUGGAGACGUUGGUGACGGCCUACAGGAUGACAUACGUUGGCUCAGACCGCAGGCUCCUCCAGCAGGCUGUCGCUGAGGUCAAGGUCUACCUCACUCACUUCUACAGCAUCGUCAGGUUUCUGUUUUCAGGCCUCCAGGAGGAUGGCAGCGUCCUACCUGAACCCGCAUCCCAUUCAUCCAACAGUAGAAGCAACUCGAUGAACGAAUGGCAGAGUGUUCUGGUAGUGAGCUGCUCCUCUCUGCUUCUCCCUCUCCUGCUCCCACGUCUCUACCCUCCGCUCUUUGAGCUCUACUGUCAGCAAGAGGAGCAGGAGGAGGCCCAGUACUGGCAGCGCAUCAUCACAUUCAACAAACAGCCUGACCAAUCCCUGCUCAGCUUCCUUGAAGUGCAGGAGAAGUUCUGGCCUCACUGGAUGUUAAUUUUAGGGGAGAAAAAGCAGAUUGUGUCCAGCAGUAAAGAUGCCUGUUUUGUUUCUGCUGUAGAGACUCUGCAGCAAAUCAGCACCACUUUCACGCCAGGAGACAAACUUCUAGUGAUUCAGGAAACAUUCAAGGAGCUGAAAGCGGAGGCCAAUCUUUCGCUGCAUAGGGACGUCCUGUGGUGCAUGGACGACCUGUUACCUCUUUUCAUGUAUGUGGUGAUCAGAGCCAGAAUCAGAAACCUCAAAGCAGAAGUCAGCCUGAUAGAAGACUUGAUGGACCCUAACAUUCAGCAUGGAGAGAUGGGAUUGAUGUUCACAACACUGCAGGCCUGCUACUUCCAGAUCCAAAAGGAAUCCAUGACGUAGCAGACAGGAAGUGGCUGGAAGCGCAGGAGGAGCAGGAGGAGCAGAACCUCUAGGUUUCUGCUUCUGGAAGAAGCUGCAGGCGAAAGCAGAGGGAGGAUGCGCACAGUAACACAUCGCCAUCUGGUGGACAUGCUUUAAAAAAAAGAUCAACAACUGGAAACAUUCAUAUUAUCACAGGAUAAUGUAACAAUUAUUUUUAACAUAAAAGAUUAUUUUUUUUAACAGUUUUGCACUAACAGUCAGUUUCAUGACUUUAUCGUUUCCUUAAGAAUAAUUUAUUGUCUAAGAAUAAAUUAGUAUAAGUUUUGCUCAUGCUAUUUAAAUUGAGGAUGUAAUGAAAAAUGCUAAUAAUAAAAUCCAACAAGCACUGAACUUUAACAAUAUUUGAAGGGAAAUCUUGAAUUGCAGUGCUGUGGCCCACUGACGCUGUGUUUGCUGGUGAUGAGAAGUUGGGAAUUAUUUAGAGAAAAAAAAACAAUAAAAGAAAAAUCUAAACUGUUGAUUUUGAACUUGAUAAGAUAAAAUUAUUGUUUUAUUGUUAAACAAUUGUCUUUUAAAAAAAAAAAAUUAGGACUUUCUGUACUGUUAUAUGUUGUCUUGACACUAAACCCCCUUUGGAGUCAAAGUUUUCAAAAUAAAAGCAUAAAUAAAUCAUGUAGCUGUUGACAGUUAUGUGGAUGAAUUCCAAAUUUGACACAUUCAGGUAAAUAUAGAAAAUAUUUCAGCUCUAUCAAAGUAUUUUGUACUGCAAAUAGGUUUAUCCUUACCCUGAGCAGUUAACAUAAGACAUAAUUUUAUGUCAAAAGCAGCAAAGCCUGAGACUUGUUAAAGUGUAGAGCCAACGCCAUAAUUUAUUUUAAAUAAAAAAAAAAAACUUUAUUAGGUCUUAAAUUAAAGUGUGAUUAACAAACCUUUUUCUGUUGAAGUUAAUUAGACUGCAGCCUUGUUACUGAUGCAAAAGGGACACUAGAUUUUGUAAUGUAAUCAUUUUGGCCUGAUGUCAGUGUUUCUGUUGUGCAUUUGUGUUUCACUGUAAUUGUUGUGUUUAGCCUGCUGCAGUGUCGUCUUUCACAGAUUUGGUACGGCUGUAAUUUUUCCCUAUCAGCGGGUUUGGAAGCAGCACAUCUUCAGAUCUGAGAUUUGUUACAAACGGAAACCUAAAAACAGAUGUUAUUUAUCCAUCAUGGUCAUAUUUGUACUUGAUGCCUUUGUUAAUGUUAAACAGCUGCCUGAAGGGAAAAACCGACUGAACAGAGACGGAAAGAAUAUUUUGCCUCAACUGUGGAGCUAAAACAUGUUCAAUCUUCUGUAAAUCUGUUUGGUGAAGGGUUCUGCUUUAAAGGAAGCAAAAGGAGAAUAACUGUCUUACAAAGUGAAUAUUUUUUGUUAUUAAACUAAGAUGUUAUAUUUUGUUUUAAACUAAUUAGAUUAGAUGAACUGAUUAAUAUAUUGGAUCAUCGUGCACAGAAAUGAAAUGAAUAUUUGUACAAAAGGGAAGUAAAUGACUUGUAAUGAGA